GAGAUUUGGGAGGGAGGGAGGAGAGAAAAAAGAGCUACGAAAAUGUCCGAGCGUGAAAGACUCUAGAGAAAAGGAAAGUGGGAGAGACGGGCAGAAUCGCGAUGAUGAUGCACAACGGAAACAACGGCUACGGAAACGGGGUGAUGGCGUCGGCAUCGACGACGACGUCCACGGCCAUGACGUCGUCUCCAUCGGCGACAAAUGCGCAAUCUCAGGCGCUGAAGACGUACUUCAAGACUCCAGAGGGACGGUACAAGCUCCAUUACGAGAAGACUCACCCCCCUGGUCUCCUCCCUUAUUCACACGGCAAAUCCAUUUCUCAGAUAACUCUAGCGCACGUCAAGGAAAAGCCUGCACAGGCUGGGGCCGCACCAAGCUCGAGUGCAAGUACAAGCAGCGGAGUGAGAUAUGCUGCUGCAAGGCUCUUAGGGGUCGGGGGUGGAAAUGGUGGCCGCCCGCCUAGUUUUGUAGGAGGGAAUGGCGCAAGUAAAGCUGCUAAUGUAACGAGUAGAAGUAGUUCAUUGGCAGGGUCGAAUGGUAGUCAUUCUAUGCUUCUUUCAAAUUACGAUGGUAAAGGAACCUAUUUGAUAUUCAAUGUUGGGGAUACCUUGUUUUUCAGCGACCUCAAUUCGCCAGAUAAGGAUCCUAUAAAAUCGAUACAUUUUAGCAAUUCAAACCCUAUCUGCCAUGCAUUUGAUCCUGAAGCCAAGGAUGGACAUGACUUGCUUAUAGGAUUGUACUCUGGAGAUGUCUACUCAACGUCUUUGAGACAACAAUUACAAGAUGUUGGAAAGAAGCUUGUUGGGGCACAACAUUAUAACAAAGAAGGUUCAGUCAGUAACAGUCGAUGCACCAGUGUUGCAUGGGUUCCAAAGGGUGAUGGUGCUUUUGUUGUUGCUCAUGCUGAUGGAAGCCUGUAUGUGUACGAAAAGGGCAAGGAUGGUACUGUUGAUUCAUCCUUUCCUGUUAUAAAGGAUCAAACCCAGUUUUCUGUUGUGCAUGCAAAGUCCAGUAAGAGUAAUCCAAUUUCUAGAUGGCAUAUCUGCCAAGGUUCAAUAAACAGCAUUGCCUUUUCUGCUGAUGGUGCAUAUUUGGCGACGGUUGGUCGAGAUGGAUAUCUACGGGUAUUUGACUACUCAAAAGAACAACUCAUAUGUGGUGGAAAAAGUUAUUAUGGUGCACUUCUAUGUAUUGCCUGGAGUUUCGAUGGAAAAUACAUUCUGACUGGUGGGGAAGACGAUCUAGUUACAGUAUGGAGUAUGGAAGAUCGGAAGGUUGUAGCAUGGGGAGAGGGGCACAACUCAUGGGUCAGUGGUGUGGCUUUUGACUCGUAUUGGUCAUCACCAACUUCAGAUGGUUCUGAAGAAAAUGUCAUGUACCGGUUUGGUUCUGUUGGUCAGGAUACACAAUUGCUUUUGUGGGAUUUGUCAAUGGAUGAGAUCAUAGUGCCACUUCGCCGGUGUCCGCCUGGUGGGUCCCCCACGUUCAGCACUGGAAGCCAAUCAUCUCAUUGGGAUAGUGCUUGCCCAGUGGGCACUCUCCAACCAGCUGCUCCAAGCAUGCGAGAUGUUCCAAAGCUGUCCCCAUUAAUUGCCCAUCGAGUCCAUCUGGAACCCUUAUCAGGUUUAAUUUUUACCGACGAAUCCGUUCUCACUGCCUGCCGGGAAGGGCAGGUGAAGAUUUGGAUGAGACCAGGAAAUUUGGAAAGCCAAUCAAACAACUCACAAGUCCUUGUAGGUAGUGGUCCAAAAGAGCAACCGCCAUUGCCAGGCAAAACAAGUGCCGCUAGUUAUAAAUCUGUACAUCGAUAAAAUACACGAGAAGAAUCUGGAUGAGACCAGGA